AUGAUAUGUAUUAACUGUUGCAAACCAGUGGAGUCAUUAUACACAAUAUAUUCCAAUAACCAUCUAAAAUUAACAGAUUGUCUGAAUUGUGAAGAAGUUGUAGACAAGUAUGUGGAAUAUGAUGAUCUUUUAUUGUUUUUAAAUCUAUUACUCUUGAAACCCGGUGCUUAUAGGCAUAUGGUUUUCAAUUCGUUUGAAAAUAGAUUGGAUAAUUUUGAAAAUAUUGAACAUGAGAGGAAGCUAAAUAACACCUAUAUGUUAUCGAGAUCCCGUUCCUGGUUUUUGAGAGUAAAAAAUGAUAAAGUUAAAAGAAUUUGGGUCAUUAUGGUUGCAUUUGAAGUAUACUUAACCUGGGCAUCAGAAGAAAAACUGUUUAAAACUAGAAAAAUUCAUAGCAAGCUUAUUAAUAAUAUUUUCCAAAAAGAUGCUGUUCAUCAAUACUUAUAUUUUUCACUAUAUUGUUUAAUAGAUAUUUUUCUUUUAAUUAAACUUUCCCAAAUUAUGUUUAAAAAUUUAAUUAAGUUCCCCACAAAGCAUCCACAAAAAAUCAUAUCAUACACAAUACUAUUAUCAUAUGGUGCAAAAGUCUUUCCGAUUUUAAUGCUGGUAUGGCCGUAUGAUUCGUUAAUUUCUCCAACAAUUAUUAAAUGUGUGGCUAAUUUAUACAUUAUCGAAGCAUUAAGAAUCAUUACUGAUCGUUCCUAUCCAAGAGUUCUAUUAAUUUUCAGUUUACUUGCUAUAUUACGGUAUAUAAUGGUAAAUUCUAUUCUAUCUUUCAUUGUGUUGGGGAAACAUUGGAAUGGGUUACAGAACUCAUUUUAUCAAUUUUUUACAAACUUUUAA